GUGGGUGGAGCGGGCGCGUGUUGAAUAGAAAAGGGCCAGGGAAGGAAGGGUCUCCAGUCAGUCGUAGUCGCUGGGGUGGAAGGCAGCAGGGCCAGUCGCUCGCCGCCAGUGGAAGAGGAAGCACAAGGAGGAGGAGGCUCGCCCCUUGGCUCGCCCCUUGGCUCGCCCAGCCACACCUCACUGCGUUACACUGCGACUGCUGCCUUUCCAAGAUGACGGUGCGACCACUGCCAACCCUGGUGUUGGUGCUGUGCGCCGCGUCCGCACUGGCACGCCCCGACUGCAACGCCUGCUUCAUGAAGAAUGCCGCCAAGGACUUGGCCCACCAGCCCUCCCCGUCCGCACCCACUCAGGGGACGGCGACAGAGCCAACGCCACCGACCGGGCCCGCCCGAGGGUCCGCCAGCCCCAGCAAGGGCGGCGAGGCAGCGGCUGCGGCUCGCCCCGACCCGCUGGUCCGAGCCAAGCGCACCGCGCAUGCCGCCGCUGCUAGCUGGGACCACGUGGACCGCGACGCGGACCACAACGUCCAGAUCCAGAACCGUCUGCGUGACGCGCUGUUGGCGGAGAGCGCCACACCAACACCGCCCCAGGACAGUGGUGGGACGACGCGCCAGUGGACGUCGUCGACGAGCUUGCCUCGGCCUCGGCGAAGUGGCCGUACAGAGGCCGGUGGAGGGAAUUCCGCGUCGGCCAGAACCAGAACCAGGGCGGCGCUGGCGGCGGAUGGGGCGACGUGACAGACGCGAUGACGCAGAGAGCUGGACAAGGCUUCGUCUAGAUGCUGCCAUCAACAUUUUACUUUGUCUACAAGGAAAAUCAAUUUGAGAGUGUGCUUUUGUUUUGUUUCUGUAUACGUAUUUUAAAAAUAAAAAAAUAAGUGAGUUGGCACUUUUUAUCUGAGCAGAAAGAACGCUUGCAAGUUGGAUUUAGUUCAUUUAAUGUGUAAUUGAAGUAUUUUCAAAAAAUAAAAAAAAUUGUAACUUAAA